CUUGUGUUGCAAGUAGAUCGCGUAAAGCAAAGAUGAGUGGAGAUUUUGUGGUUGAUGUGAUCAAAUUCAAUGCUCAGACUGCCGGAAGGGACAAAGUAUGCAGAUUGAUCCAGUAUGGAAGCAAGUUCCUGUGGUACAGACUACAGCAAAGUCACACUCAUGAAGAGCUGCUGCAAAAACUGAAAAGCCUGGAAAGUGCUGUCAGCAAUACGAGAAAAUUGCUAAGGUUUGGAAAGAGUUUUGACUUCUUCCAUGGAGCUCUCAAGACGCUGCAUUUGUCUGACGUAGUUUUACGACUGACGCUCACCUUGUCAAAGAUCAACCAGGCUUGCUACCUUCUCAUUGAUCACCUGGUUUGGAUGGGUCGUGUCGGGCUAGUCCAUAUAGACAUGAAGAAAUGGUUAGAUGUAUCAGCGCGGUUCUGGCUGGUGUCCAUCAUGUUAAACCUUGUACGGGAUGUCUACGAUAUCAUUAAAGUUCUGACUGAAGCAAUUCAGAGUCGUAAAGCAAUGCUAAGGAGAAGCCAGUACAAUAACGGAGACACACAGUACAAGGACAAGGAAAAGAAGGUGCUGACAAACAUCGAUUUGGUCGUGAGAUGUGUCUCUGAGAAUAAGCCUUUAAUGUUAGACUUUUUGAAGAAUGGGGCAGACUUCUUCUUACCUAUGUCAAGUCUUGGACAUAUUCAGACAUCGGCAGGUACACAGGGUAUCCUGGGAGUCGUGUCAUCUGUCAUAGGUGUUCUAACAGUUUGGAAUCCACUUCUCAGAUUGGUGCCUUCAUAAGAUAAUCGUUAAUAUUGAAUAAGUGCUAUUCGACUUUCAAGGAAAUGUCACGAAAGCCACAUGAUUUUACGAUUAUGGGUAACAUAUUUUAGGAAGGCUUGUCACUUCAAACUGGAUUUGUGAGAACAACAGUUGCAGUUUAUUAUUUAUUUUGUUUUUGCAGUCUAAAUUUAAAAUUCAUUUAGCACUCUGUAGACAUUUUCAAAUGAAAGACAGAUAAAUUAUCAUCCAAUGUUUUUUCAUAACUGCUGGUAAGUUCAAUUUUAAUGAGUCAAACAUAGUCCAAAGACAGGAAUAUGUUACUCUUUCUUACUUGGAAAGUGCGUGGCUCUUAAUUAGUUAAUGCAGAAAAUGAAUGCUAGUGAUUCAGUACAUGUGCUUGGAAGAAAGUGGAGAGAUUGACUACAUUUACACAAGAUUUGGUAAUUCUUUUCCAUAAGGCUCAGAAUAAAUAUUAAAACCUAUGUACACAGGUUAUGUUCAUUGGAAAUAUGUAUAUUCAGAGGUUUUAUUAUCAGCAAAUGAAAUCAAGGUGUGAUAUCAGUUUUGCUGCUGGUUUGUUAGUACAAAAUGAUUUUGUUACAUUGUUGUUGGAUAAUGAGGUAAGUUAAAAAGUUUUAACUGCAAACUACUUUUACGUUGUGUUUAAUGAUUUUUUAAAAAUUUAAAUGUUGAUUGUAUGUUGUGUGGCAACAAAUAGCAAGAUAUUCAAGCUGAAUUUUUAUCAUUUCUUAGUCCCAGCAUCCACGUAUUAUACAUAUACAGUACAUAUAUCAUUUUAUUACAAAGUGUUGCAUUGAAAGCUUUGUACAGUUGGAUAUAAAAUACUCUAAAAGGCAAAGAAAACACUAACGCCGGAUGAAAGACAAUUGAAGUCUGUCUGAAAAAUGGUUUGAUUUAUUUUUUUAGAACUUGGUAAAAUGCAUUUAGAACUUGGGAUUUUAUGGAGGCUUUCUCUUUUUUUUAUAUCGGGACUAGUGACCACAUCAAGUUUUUGCCACUUGACAAACGCACAGACUGCUAUAUUUCAUAAUUCAAAACGCAUAUGCAGAUGGAUCUUUUCACUGACUGAACUUGAAAGCGAACUGUUUCAAGUAAAAAUAUGGCUGUGAUGUGACAUCAUUGAUACCCUCUGGGUCGCUACAGACCACCGUGGAAUCUGGAUGUGACAUCAUUGAUACCCUCUGGGUCGCUACAGACCA